CUGCUCCACCUCCCACCCCCCUCGCACAGGCUCGUCCCUCAGCAGAGCACUAUAAAAACUCUGCUUGUGCAGAAGUAGUUCAGUCUCGACCAACUCCACCAGACCUCCAUCAUGAAGUUUGUGGCACUUGUCCUUCUCCUGGCUGUCGGCUCUCAGGCCGCCUCCCUGCAGGCUGAUGCUCCGUCCAGCCUGGCCCACGCCCGCGCUGUUGCGGAUGUCUACAUCAAUCAGGCAAAGGAAAGUGCCAUCAAAGCUCUCGACCAUCUUGAUGACACCACAUUCCAGGAACAUAAGGCGGCCCUGACUCAACAUCUGAACAACAUGCAUGAGCAUCUAAAGGCCUUGCAGGCCCGUGUUUCACCUGUUACUGACAGCGUGGUAGGUACACUGGCUGAUGCCACUGGUGACCUGCGUGCCGCUAUAGCGAGUGACAUUGAGGCAUUGAAAACCGAGCUGGAGCCCAAGCGCGCUAAGCUGAGAGAGGUGCUGCAGAGGCACAUGGAAGACUACCGCACCCAGCUGGAGCCCAUCAUCAAAGAGUACAGUGACAAACACAACGCUGAGAUGGACGCCCUGAGGGUAAAGCUGGAGCCCAUUGUGGCAGAACUGCGUAACAAGAUUGAUACCAACGUUGAAGAAACCAAAGCUGCCCUGGUGCCUAUCGUUGAGUCUGUGCGCACCAAGGUGGGUGAGCGCGUGGAGAACCUGAGGCAGUUGGCUGCCCCUUAUGUUGAAGAGUACAAGGAGCAGCUGACAAAGGCCUAUAGCCAGGCACAAUCCGGGGGUGAUCAGAUCCAGGCUCUGAGGGAGAAGAUAAGUCCUCAUUUUGAAGAAAUCAAGGAAAAGCUUGCAGCCAUUUCUGCAGUCAUCAUGGAAUCCUUCAACAAACAAUAAACCCUCUCUGUUUGUCUUUGACUAAUUUCACCUGCUCAUCUGUCCAAGAGCUUUCCCAUCUCUCUCUCCAACCUUGCUUCUCUUUCAAACAGAUCACCUCACAAAUAAAGCUAGUGCCUAACUUAUGAACCAAAAUGGUGAGACUGUCUUUUCUGUCCAAGAAGUCAACUUACUUCAUGCUCAUGCUCAAGCAAGCACAGGCAGUCAUGCACACAGAGACAGACAAACCCAGCAUGCACAUGCUCUACGCUUCACAUGCCAACUGCUAGCCUUUCAUGUAUGUACUGUAUGUGAAUUACAAGUGCUAAAAUCUCUGUGUAAUCUUGAUGACUGUGAUUUGUUGAAAACAGCUCAAUAAACAUCUGACUGUUUUUACAACA